GUUUAGAUGAUGAAAGGGAACUAACCCAAGUGUUUCUCAUCAAAAGAGUAUUUGAUAUGAAUUGUCGAAAUAUCUGUCACUUAGAUUAACAAACUAAAAGUUAAGCUAGAUUAAUAGCAGCAGAUACUAUGAAUAGUUUAAAAGCAGCAAAGGGUUUGUUACGGAAAGAAAUUAAACAGAGAGUAGCAGGUUUGACAGAAAGUGAAAAACAGAGACAGUCAAAAAUUGUAACAGACAAGUUGUUAUCUCUAGAAAAGUUCCAGUUCAGUAAGAGGGUAUCUGUAUACCUACACAUGUCAGAUGAAAUUCAGACAGUAGCUAUUCUAAAACACUUGAUAAAGACCAAGGAAUGUUUUAUACCGCAAUACAUUGGACCUAAAAUGAAAAUGGUCAAGUUAAACUCAUGGCAAGAUUAUAAAGAACUUCCAGAAACAAAAUGGAAAAUAAAACAGCCAGCAGAUGAUGAUGUCAGACCUGAUGCACUUGAUACAGGAGGUUUAGAUUUGAUAAUUAUGCCUGGUUUAGGUUUCUCUGCUGACGGUGAUAGACUUGGUCGUGGAAAAGGAUAUUAUGAUACAUAUCUUCAGAAAUGUGAAAAAAUGGGAUAUAAACCAUACACUGUUGCCUUAGCCUUUAAUGAACAGAUAUGUGAAUCUAUACCUACAGACACUCAUGACAAAAAGUUGGAUUUAGUUUUGUUUCCAGAUAGCUAAUAAAUCAUUACAAUGAAA